AUGUCUUCAUCAACAACACCAAAGCUUAUCGGAAAUACACCACUCUCACAAGCCGAUCCAGAAUUGUUCGACCUCAUUGAAAAGGAAAAAGAAAGACAAUGGAAAGGAUUGGAAUUAAUUGCUAGUGAAAAUUUUACUAGUCAAGCUGUUAUGGAUUGUCUAGGAAGUUGUUUAACCAAUAAAUAUAGUGAAGGACAAGUUGGUGCUCGUUACUAUGGAGGUAAUGAAUAUAUUGAUGAAAUUGAAAAAUUAUGUAAAACUAGAGCACUUGAAGCCUUUUCAUUAAACUCUGAAGACUGGAGUGUCAAUGUCCAACCAUAUUCAGGAUCACCUGCUAAUUUUGCUGUUUAUACAGGUCUUCUUCAACCUCAUGAUAGAAUUAUGGGACUUGAUUUACCAAGUGGUGGACAUUUAACUCAUGGAUAUUAUUCUGGAAAGAAGAAGAUUUCUGCAACUUCAAUUUAUUUUGAAAGUUUACCAUAUACUGUUGAUCAACAAGGUUUAAUUGAUUAUGAUGGUUUAGAAAAAUCUGCACGUGUUUUUAGACCUAAACUUAUUAUAUGUGGUGGUAGUGCAUAUCCACGUGAUUGGGAUUAUGCUAGAUUGAGAAAGAUUGCAGAUGAAAUUGAAGCCUAUUUAAUGUGUGAUAUGGCUCACUAUUCUGGUUUAGUUGCUACUGGUGAACAUAAUAGUCCAUUCCAAUAUUGUGAUGUUGUUACUUCAACUACUCACAAAUCUUUGAGAGGUCCAAGAGCUGGUAUUAUCUUUGCCAAGAAGGCUUUAAUGCCAAAGAUUGACUUUGCUGUCUUCCCAGGUAUUCAAGGUGGUCCACAUAAUCAUCAAAUUGCUGCUAUUGCAACUCAAUUGAAAGAAGUUAAAACUCCAGAAUUUAAACAAUAUAUUCAACAAGUUAAAGCUAAUGCUAAGACUCUUGCUAAAGCACUCAUUGAAAAGGGAUAUACACUUGCUACAGGUGGUACUGAUAAUCAUUUAGUUUUAUGGAAUUUGAGACCACAAGGUAUUACUGGUUCAAAGAUGGAAAAAUUAUUUGAUGCUGUUUCAAUUACUUCAAAUAAGAAUUCUAUUGCAGGUGAUGCUAAUGCAUUGUCACCUUUUGGUGUUCGUUUAGGUACUCCUGCUUUAACUACAAGAGGUUUUAAGGAAGUAGAUUUUGAAAAGGUUGCUGAAUUCCUUCACCGUGGUGUUCAAAUUGGUUUGAAAUUACAAGAACAAGCUGUUUCAACUAAAUUGGCUGAUUUCUUGGCUCUAUUUGAAAAUAAUGAAGAAUUAACUCAAUUGAAAUCUGAAGUUGAAUCAUUUGCUAAGCAAUUUGGUAUUCCAGGAUGGAAUAUUGAAACACAAAGAUAUCAUUAA